GAGUCUUUGACAGGGCCCCAUGGCCAGGCCCUGCCAAGACUCUUCCCAUCUCCACGCAGCUGCAGCUUGAGGGAUGCGGGGCUGUGUCUGCUCACAGAGGCCGGAGUGGGGCUCAGAGUCCCCAUCACCUUUGUCUCUAAAGCCUGGUCCCCAAGGCUGUCCAGUGCCCCAGUGCCCACCCUGCAGAGCCAUAAGAGCCCCCUCUCCCCCCACCCCAGGUCCAGCUCAGCUUCCUCUGCAGGUGGAGCCCGCCCCCACCCAGUUCCCCACACCUGCCUUUCAUCACCAUCCGAUGGCGCCAUUGGGUAGGAAGGGGGAGGAAGAGGCCGCAGGAAGUGGUGCCGGGGGGUGGGGUGGGGUGGGGUGGGCGGGGAGGCAUAAGGCAGGCCAGCCCGACAGAGCCUCGGACUAGGGAACCAGAUGGCCUCAGGGCUCGGCCAGCCACAGAUGGCGACCCUCAGGGGCCUGGGAGCCCUGCUCCUUCUGCUGCUGCCCUCAGGCAACCAGCUGCCCUCUGAACAGCCCAGAACCCCCUGCCAGCUCACCAUGGAAUACCAGUACGACUCCUUCUACGUGGAGGACAUUGCUCACUGCUUCACCAAAUGCAGUCAGUGGGGAAGUGAGCCCUGUGACGUGGAUAAUUUGCAGAGGUACUGGCUGCACUAUGAGUCCUACCUGGUGGAGAGGAGCUCCAUGGAGAUAGUGAAUAUGCCUUUUGUGAAGGCUUUGGUCCAGAAUGUCAGCACUGACCUCUCAGAAGACCUGCUUUUCUCUCUCAAGUCCUCUCAGGUCCCAAGGCAGGUGGCCAAGGAUGAGGAAGAGCCCCCUGACCGAGUCCGCCUUCCCAAGAGCCUUUUUGCAACCCUGCCCAACAAUGGGUCUACGGUCCGGUUGGCCAUAACCGUCCUGGACAUCAACAUGGGAGAUGUCUUCAAGGGCCCCCGGCUCCUCUUGGACGAAGGCAGUCGUGUGCUGAACAAUCACGUGGUGGGGCUGAGGGUGGGCCACACGCCCAUCACGGGGCUGUCAGAGCCUCUGGAGAUCACCUUCUCCCACCAGCGUCAGCCCCCUAACAUGAUCCUCACCUGUGUGUUCUGGGAUAGGACCAAAGGAGACUGGAACUCCAAGGGCUGCUCCACGGAGCUGGGGCCUGAGAGGACUGUCUGCCGCUGUGACCACCUGACCUUCUUUGCCCUGCUGCUGCGGCCAGUCUUGGACAUGGCCACCGUGCAGGUCCUCACGCGCAUCUCCCAGGCAGGCUGUGGCGUCUCCAUGAUCUUCUUGGCCUUCACCAUGCUUCUCUACACGAUCCUGAGGCUCUCCCUGCAAAGGUUCAAGUCGGAAGAUGCCCCCAAGAUCCACGUGGCUCUGAGCGGCAGCCUCUUCCUCCUGAAUCUAGCCUUCCUGGUCAAUUCAGGGAGCAGCUCGCAAGGCUCUCCUGCUUCCUGUCGGGUCCGGGCUGCCAUUUUCCAUUACUUCUUACUCUGUACCUUCACCUGGAUGGGUCUGGAAGCCUUCCACCUCUACCUGCUCACCAUCCGGGUCUUCAACACUUACUUUGGACAUUACUUCCUGAAGCUGGGCCUGCUAGGCUGGGGCCUGCCUGCCCUCGUGGUCAUUGGCACUGGCAGUGCCAACAGCUAUGGGCUUUACACCAUCCGUGACCAGGAAAACCGCACCUCGCUGGAGUUGUGUUGGUUCCAAAAAGAAGCGGCCCUUUAUGUCACCGUCCACAGCUACUUCCUCAUCACCUUCCUCUUCAGUGCCGGGGUGCUAGCCAUGGUGGCUUGGAAAAUCUUCAGUCUGUCCAGUGUCACAGCGGGCAAGGAGCCGGGGCAGAACUGGAAGGCAGUCCUCACCGUGCUGGGCCUCUCAAGCCUGGUGGGCAUGACCUGGGGACUGGCCAUCCUCACGCCUCUGGGCCUGUCCACCAUCUAUGUCUUUGCCCUUCUCAACUCCCUGCAAGGUGUCUUCAUCUUCUGCUGGUUUACCAUCCUCUACUUCCCAACUCAGAGCACCACGUCCUCAUCCUCUGGGACCGCCCGCCUGGACCAGGCCCAUUCCAUGUCACAGGAGUAGGAGGCUGCAGCCCAGCUCUCCGCUCCGGUUUACUGUGUGACCUCAGGCAGUUCCUUGCCUCUCCCUGGGCCUUCUCCAUACACUAUGCCGGGGGAAGGAGAAGAUGGGGGUCAGGUUACACCCCGUGGCUUCGAAGAUCCCAUCCAGAUAGGUCUGUGGGUCCAGGAAGCCACCAACACAGGCAUGCAGGAAGCUAAAGUUCCUGAAGUCACAGCCACCUGCUGUCCUAUCUCUAAAGCACAGCAGCCUUCCUCGGUGAUCUUCCUCCCCACUUUGGUCUCAAAAGGAGCCUGAGCCCACAGAGGAAAGUCAUUGGUGCAAGCCCUGCAGGAGCCCAGUGCCUCUUACCCCCUAACACUGCUCCUGCCCCAGGGCCAGACAGGGGUCAUUAUGCUCUGGGACACUGGAUUUGUGGUGGCCUGGUGGUGUGUUCUGCGGCAGUCUGUUCAGAUCUCGGCCUGACCCCACCCCCAGUGCCUGCGGCCCCUCCAGUGCAUUCCAGGCCAGCCCCCCUCACCUGCCUGGUCAGCGUGUGGGGCCAAGGGCUGAGGAGAGAGAGAGAUGAGUCCCCGGAGUCAGGGCUCCUGGACGGUCUCCCUCACCAUGUCUGCCCGGCCCAACCAAAUAUCAGCACAGAGGUGUCAAUAAAUACCUGUUAGUUGAGCAAAUGGGUGUCUUGAGUUUGGCCCCCGCCUGGCAGGCUGUGUGUCAAGUUGUGCACCUCAGGCUCGACCUGGCUGGGUUAGGUCAUUUCUAGUAGCUCGGCCUUCAUUGCCAGUCACAGGCUGGUUUCCCCA